AUGUUAAAAUCAAUUAAACGUUCUGAUUCAUAUUUACUUGAAAGUUCAUCUAGCAACAAUUCAACUUCAAACAUUAUAACAACUUCUACAAACAAUACUCAAAAUUCAUUAUUAAAAAGAACCACUAAACCCAAUGUUUCUUCUACUAGGGCUCCAAGUUUCACGUUUUCUCGACUUUUGUCAGAAGAUACUUUUAAUUAUAACACUAAUAGUAACAGCAAUAAUACUAAUAUUCAUAACCCUAAUAAUAAUAAUAGCAAGUAUUCCACAAUUCAUGGCAUCUCUUCUUCAAGCAGAAGAAAUAAUUUUUUAAAAGUAUGUUCUUGGCCAUUUACCAAAAUUGAAAGUUUCCAUGAUAGUAUAACGAAAAAUGAUAAUGACAAUGAUGUUGAUAAUGAUAAUAUUGUUGAAUUUGCUGAUGAUCAAUCAACACUUGGUAAUGAUGAUGGUAAUACCAAGCAUUUAACCAUUGCUGAUUAUAGUAAUAUUAAAAGAAAAAAUUUCGGUGGGUUAAUCAGUGACAGUAAUGGUGGUGGCAACGGAAUCCAUGGGUAUAAUUAUACGUUAGGUGGCCCUAAUAAUGGUAGUAGUGGUCCCCUCACUGGUAUCAAUCCAAGUUUAGAAAACAUUAACCAUGUUGCUAAUGAAAAAUUCCAUAAAGUGUUUAAUCGAGUGAAACGACCACCAGUUGAACAAAACAAUAAAAGGAGAUGUGUGUUAUUAUCCAAUCUCAAUGAGUCAAUGGGAUUGAACAGUGUUUUACAACAAGUAUGUGGAGGUCCAUUGGAAAAGUUGACGGUAUUAUCAAAUGGCAAAAUUGAAUUAUUCUUCAUAUUCCCUGAACAUGCAAAACAAUUUUAUACAUAUGGUAAAGCCACGGGGUUAUUAAUGGUAAAUGGAGUGAAAUUAAAAGUUGAAUGGUUGAAUGAUGAGAAUAAUUUAGUUAAUUCUACAUUAUCAAGUUCAUUAAUGAGUGAUAUUUUACAUAAUGGAUGUAGAAGAUGUUUGAUUAUAUCUAAAAAUAUUCCUGGUAAAAGAAUUAGAAAUGGUGAUAAAAUGUUUUAUCCAGAACCCGAUAUUCAUUAUUCAACAAACUUAAAUUUUGAAGAAAUUAAAAAUGAUUUCAAUAAAUUUGGUAAAGUUCUUGAUAUUGGUUCUGUCAUUAGUAGAAAGUUAUGCUUUAGUAUAUUCUAUUAUGACAUUAGAUGUGCGAUAUUAGCAAAACAAGAAUUGGAUUUGAUUGGAAGUGAAUUAAACAAAAAAUAUAAAGAUUGGUCUAUUUGGUAUGGUAAAGAUAUCACUGAUCGUGCUUGUUUUGUCUUAUGA